AUGGACGUCAUUCUGUCGGUGUCAAGGGCGGCCAGCUGCACCAAGAUUGUCGUCGUCUGGAAUGGCGACACGGCCGACCUGCUCAAAUCAGGCAGUAAUAGCCCACUGAAGUGGCCCACGCUGAAGGGCGGCACGCCCAUUCAGGUGGUGGUGGCGGGCAGCAAUCGACUGAGCAAUCGCUUCUACCCCUAUGAGUCGAUUGAAACGGAGGCCGUCUUCAGCAUUGACGACGACAUUGGCAUGCUCACGGCGGAUGAGAUUGAGUUCGCCUACCAAACCUGGCGCCUCUUUCCCGACCGCAUUGUCGGCUUUCCCAGUCGGCGCCACUUUUGGGCGAAUCGCACCACUGCCGCUGCCGGCUUUGGCGGCAGUGUUAUCGGUCACAAUCGGUGGACGUACGACAGUGAGUGGCGCAAUGAUAUCUCACUCAUUCUCACUGGAGCGGCUUUCUAUCACAGUUACUACAAUCACUUGUACACCAAUGUCAUGCCGGCCUCAAUUAGAGAGUGGGUUGACCGAAUGAUGAACUGCGAGGACAUUGCCAUGAACUUUCUAGUUAGCAAUAUAACCUGCGCUGCGCCGAUUAAAGUGACGCCUCGAAAAAAGUUCAAGUGCCCGGAGUGCUCAAAACCUAGUCCUAAGUUGUCAGCCGAUGCGAUGGCACACUUGAAGAUGCGUUCACGCUGUAUUGACUAUUUUGCAAAAGUUUACGGCAUGAUGCCACUGAAAACGGUUGAGUUUAGAGCAAAUCCAGUGCUUUUUCGCGACAACAUUCCUGAUAAACUGAAAGCGUUCACAAUGAUUGGAACUUUAUAA